AUGAUUCAAAAAACUUUACAUCAUUCAAUUAUUGAAAAACUUAAUCCUUAUUCCGUUUUACAAACUUCCAACAUGACACAACAACAAGUGGAUGUUGGACGGGGAGUCACCAUUGCUCUCGAUGUUGUGUUCCUUGUCUUUGCAACUACUCUCUCCAUUCUCAUUCCAAUUUUAUAUUAUUUUUGUAUACAUAGAAGACACCAUCAACGAGAACAUCAUCGUGAUGAUUCUUCUUCUCAACCAAAUUUGGAUAAUUCUCAAUGUGGAUGCUCCAAGACAUCGUGGAAAAAUUUCAUACUGAGUCUUCCGUUGGGAGAACGUAAUGCUCUUGCAUUCAUUAAUGAAAAUGGAAGUUUUGCAUUGUUUCAAUCAACUUGGUUUCAUAUUGUAAUAUUCCGAAUUGGAGGUUACCUUAAUAGAAAACAUGAUGAAAUUGAAAAGAAACAAAAAUUGUAUAAUAUUGCAUGUUGGUUGUCGACUUUUUGGAUUUUAUUUCUUAGACUGUGCUGUAUUGCAUUGGGUGUGAGCACCGCUUACUAUGUGGGAUCUAGAUCAGUCAGCAUUGGUGAAACAUGGCUCAAAUAUACACAAUUUCUCACCAAUAACAGUUUUAACGUAUUUAUAGUAUUCAUGAUCUUUGUGACAUUUUCACAUGUCAUUUAUUUAUGCAUUGUGAUUGGUGCAGCUUUCAGAAAUAACAACUCAUUAUUUCCAUAUUUUGAUCAGGGAGCCUUACCCAAAUGGAUGUUGCAAAUCAUGCAUAUUUAUGGUGAUAUUUUGUGGAUACUGGUAGAAUUGAAUCUUGUCACUGCCACAGUUGUGUCUUUAGGAUUCUGGCUUGUUCUCGCUCCAACCUCUAGCGAUACUUCCAGGUUUGGAACUUUUAACAAUCUCUCUGUUCACGCUUUCACAUGGAUCAUAUCCAUGAUUGAAACUUUCAAUUCAGAUUUCUAUCUCAAAUUUUGGCACAUUUUCUUGGUUGGCAUGUUUUGUCCAUGUUAUCUGUUGUUCAUUAUUGGAUUAAGGGAAAACUAUAUUCUCAACAACUUUCCGUACGGAGCACUGCUGGAUUAUUAUCAAAGCAAAUUAGCACCUAUUAUGCAUUUGGUGCUUAUGGUAGUUUAUUAUUUAUUUUUUGCUGUUUAUUGGACAGUGUAUACAGUUCUAAAAAAACAAGCGGUGGUUUGGUUGAGUGAUAAGGAUAUUAAGGACAUUAAAUUGAAGAAGUAA